GACCGGCCCAACCAAACCAACUCCUCACCCUUCCCCUGUUCCCCUUACCGUCCCUCCCCGCCAAUAUUUCCCCCUUCCAGCUCCAGGUUCCAAUUCAGACAGUGUCCGAUCAAUGAAAUGAAGCAAAUUAUCAGGGCUACAAAUUAAGCGAACUUCUCGUACCUCAGAUUCACCCUUCCCGGCCGCCGGGAAGUUGGUGGCCGGAUCUGCUACUUCUUUUCUUUGUCCGGAGUCUGCUUACAGAAGAGGAGUCAACGCAUCGCAGAAUUCAAAUUUCACAAGUCAGAAAAUUAGCAGCGGGGAGCAAAAAUAUGGGGUCUCAAGGGCAACGUCGAAGCGGGAGCAAGACGCGCGUCGGAAGGUACGAGCUCGGGAAGACGCUUGGGAUGGGUGCCUUCUCAAAGGUCAAGUUUGCCAGGAAUACCGAGACAGGAGAGAAUGUCGCCAUCAAGAUUAUUGACAAGGACGUGGUCCUCAAACGGCGGAUGAUCUCUCAGGUUAAGCGAGAAAUCGCGAUUAUGAAGCAUGGUCGACACCCAUAUGUUAUCCGUAUGCACGAGGUGAUGGCAAGCAAGACGAGGAUAUACAUAGUCAUGGAAUACGCAGCUGGCGGUGAACUUUUCGACAAACUUGUAAAAGGGAAGCUGAGAGAAGUUGCAGCAAGGAAGUAUUUUCAGCAGCUUGUAAGUGCGGUUGAUUUUUGCCACAGUAGAGGUGUAUAUCAUCGGGACCUAAAGCCUGAUAAUCUACUUCUAGAUGCUUCUCAAGUACUUAAAGUUUCCGGAUUUGGAUGGAGUGCAUUGCCUCAGCAAGUCAGUGGAGACGGGUUACUUCACACAACAUGUGGCAGCCCAAAUUAUAUUGCUCCAGAGGUACUCCACAACAAAGGUUAUGACGGAGCCAAGGCUGAUGUAUGGUCCUGUGGUGUAAUUCUUUUUGUCUUGUUGGCUGGCUACCUGCCUUUUGAUAGUAAUAACAUAGCGGUACUGUACAAAAAGAUUGUUACAGCUGAUUAUACAAGUCCCCAUUGGUUCUCCAAUAGUGUAACGGAACUAAUUAAAAGGAUAUUGGAUCCCAAUGCAUCUACGCGAAUCAGUACUGCUGAGAUUAUUGAAAAUGAGUGGUUUCAGAAAGACUACGAGCCACCUGUUUUUGAACUAGCUGAUUUUGGUCUUGAUGAUGUGGACUCCUUCUUCAAUGAUUCAUCAGACACUCGGAAUUUUGUUGUGGCUCCUAUGAAUCCUUCAGAACUGAUUUCUACAUCUCAAAGUCUUGACCUCAGUAGUCCAUUCGAGAAGCAGAUGGAACUUGGUAAACGUGAAACUGGAUUUGCAUCGAAAAGAUCCGCUAAUGACAUAAUGACACAAAUUGAAGCAGCAGCAACAUCUUUGCAUUUUGAAGUGAAGAAGAAUAACUUGAAGAUGACUCUUCAAGGAGAGAAGACAGGACCUAAAUGCCACCUUUCAAUUGCAGCUGAAAUCUUUGAGGUGGCUCCUUCUCAAUACACGGUCGAGCUUUGCAAGUCUGGUGGUGACGCCCUGAAAUUCCACAAGUUCUACAGGAGCGUCUCGACUGGACUGAAGGAUGUUGUUUGGAAAACAGUGGAUGAAGAGAAGGAAGAAGGGAACGUGAAGGUUGGAAGCACAAGUUGAAAAGGUGUGCCGGGGUAUGCAAUGUGACAGCACUCCCCCUUUCCUCUGCAAGUGUGGAUACUACCCAAAGCAAGAAAUGUGAAACUGCAAGAGUUUGUGGUUUAGUUUGGACGUUGGAUGGGGAAGUAUGAUGCUCAUAUUUGAGGGUAGAAGGCACCAAAGGCCACGCUCGCCGACGAAGAAGGCAGGACGACGUCGAUGUUCCAGAGUCAGGCACUCUCCCUAGGAAGAAGUUAAUACAAAAAAAGUUAAUAUAGGUAGAAACACUUC